GUGACGGCGACAAGAGAGCGACAGUUCUUGCAGUGGUUUGUCUUUAUGUCCGUUUCUCUCUUUUUCUUGAAGUGUAUUUCGGUACGUGGCUACCGGUGACAUUGUUGAACAACUUGGAUUGGCUUCCAACGAAACGAACGAAGAGUUAGCCUUCAGCUUUCAGCAACUUACCGAUCGUUUUCAAUCGCUGUUCUCACGUUCUCUUCGCAACGCAGGUAAAUAACGCCUGGAAGGAUUUCAACCAAUACCGCUCGAAUGAGUGUCGGCUUCAUAGGAGCGGGCCAGGUGGCUCACGCCCUGGUGCGAGGCUUCACGGCGGCAGGUGUAAUAGCCGCCCGCAGGAUCACAGCCAGCUCCCCGGAAAGCGAUCUCCCCACAGUGCAGGCACUUCGGAAAUUAGGGGUGCACGUCACCACCAGCAACAAAGAGACGGUGAGCAAGAGCGACGUCCUCUUCCUGGCGGUGAAGCCUCACAUCAUUCCCUUCGUGCUGGACGAGAUUGGACCGAGCAUCGAAGAUCGCCACCUGAUCGUAUCCUGCGCUGCCGGCGUCACCAUCGGUUCUAUCGAAAAGAAGCUGCUGCAGCAUCGCGCCGCUCCGAAGGUCAUGCGUUGCAUGACCAACACGCCGGUGGUCGUGCGCGAAGGGGCGACGGUGUACGCCACGGGCACGCACGCGGAGGUGGAGGACGGGAAGCUGCUGGAGCAGCUGAUGGCCAGCGUGGGUUACUGCACCGAGGUGGAGGAGGACCUCAUUGAUGCCGUGACGGGCCUGAGUGGAAGCGGCCCCGCUUACGCUUUCACCGCCGUGGAGGCGCUUGCCGACGGCGGCGUGAAGAUGGGCCUGCCCAGGAGACUCGCCGUCCGCCUCGGAGCUCACGCCCUGCUGGGCGCCGCUCGGAUGUUACUCGACUCGGAGCAGCACCCCGGGCAGCUCAAGGACAACGUUUGCUCGCCGGGGGGCGCCACCAUCCACGCCCUGCACGUCAUGGAGAGCGGCGGAUUCCGCAGCCUCCUCAUCAAUGCGGUGGAGGCCUCCUGCGUUCGGACCAGGGAACUGCAGUCGUUGGCGGACCAGGAGAGGAUUUCCCCGGCUGCCAUCAAGAAGACGACGCUAGACAAAGUGAUGCAGCAGCCGGGAGUGACGGUGGAGGCUGUGGGCGUGCCAUCGCGCGGGAUCAGUAUCUUUAAUCGCAGCAACAAUCCAAGAACAAACAAGAAUUGACGGAGAAAUAAAACAGACGCUAUUUUGCACGACCUUUUCUUCCCGUGACAUUUUAAAUUGCCGCUUUACGUCGCAUUGAAAACCCGACCUAACCGACAGACCGUCUUCUCGUUGCGUGGUUAAGCAAGCCGUCGUCGGGGAGUCCAGGGCAACGGGAGGGCUGAUAAACUGGCAAAACACAAAUCCGAGCUCCUCGUCGAGGGCCCGUAACCUACAAUUGCCGUCCCGUAUGCUUUGCUUUGCGGGACCGAAGCAUUAAAUGCCGGCGGUCGGCGUGGGAAAAACCACCGAGAAACGGAAAACCUGGGCUGGCCAUCGAUUCGAGUAUGCGACCGCAUCCUGAGUUUGAGUGGAAAACAGCUGCUCGUACAAGUCCUUUCAGUCUGGGCGACGUCCGUCCGUAGCGUGGCCAAAACGUGCCAGAGAAGACGCCUCGCCGCCAGGUGGGAAGGUGGACCGCCGACCGGGAUGUUCCGAAACGCUACUUGGGGAACCGAUUUUCGGUUGUUGAGAAAAUUCAAUCUUUGACGCACGCCGGAAGGCUCGCCGAGCACGACCGGAGAUAAUUAUCGUGGUGUUGUCGCAAUGGCCGACGAACGGCCUGAGCGACGUGCCGACCGGUUCGGCCCACGGACGAGAUAGUUGAAUGGCCGCGGAUCAGUGCCCGCAGAAUCACAACAACGGGACACAUCGACAGACAACCGUUCACGGUCACGUUCGUGUCGCCGGACAAUGAACAGUCCUCAGUGUGCCGAACAUGUUUGUGGAACGUCGGAGGAAGGGCUGGCGAUGAGUUCACGGGCUGUCCCCCGCCUGGGAUAGGCUCCAGCG